AUGGCUCCGGCUGACUGUUCUGACAGCAGUGUUCGAGCAGUAUCCGUGCCCACGAAGACCGUGUUAGCGACCACAAGAAACGGAGAAGUCGCCCUCUUAGGGUUAGAUGACUUUGGUUACGGCACUCCUCCAAAUCUGUGUGUCCUCGUCUCAGAGAUCGAGAUGAGCAGUCCUGUAUUAGAGAUUACCAAGCAAGAUUUUUUUCAGGAAGCAAAAAAUCUCAUUGCCCAACAUUAUGAGAAAAUAAAUGAUAACAAAGUUCAAGGUAGUUCUAUAAAUGUUUUCAGAAAUAAACACCAAAAACCAAAAUCUGUCCAAUUCCUACCUUUGGAGAUAAAAAAUAAGGAAACCCUUGAUGUGGCCCAGGAAUGCCAGACAGCACACAGACACACUGGUUUCCCCAAGGAUGUUUCCAAAGGCGACCAUCCUGAGGCGCCCCCACAACCCCCUUCUUUCAAGGAGCCACGCAUGUUUAAUGUAAAAGAGAAAUUCAUGGGAUCUAUAGAUCUAAUUGCAAAAGAACAAGUGAAGCUGUGUAAAAUAGUGACUAAUAUUGAAUCAGUGGGUAAGAAAAUGGAGAAGGAAAAGCAGCGGUAUCAUGGGAAGUCCAGAUUACCAAGUGGGUAUGCAGUGCUUCAAUGCCUCCAGGUAUCAGUUGAACCUUUAGAUUAUGCCAAAUCACCAGAAAUGCAGUGGCCAAGUGAUUCUGAGAAAGGCUUUAUGAAAAAAGAGAAAAUAGCUUUCAAGCCAGAACCAGAGCCACAACACAGGGUACAACCUAGUCCACCUAAAAUGGAUAAACUUGACAGUAAAGUUAAAAGAAUUGGACCACACAUAGAAAUUUUCCAAGUGUUCCGGAAAAGGAACAAACUCAUAUUCACCAAAAAAGUGAUUAGAAUGAUCACCGUCUUGCAGGCGCACAUUAGAGGGUGGCUCGAGCGCAAAAGACUCCGGAGAAUAGUAAUCAAGGCUUUGUAUCAUGGGCGAAAUUUGAGAGCAGUCAUAAACAUAUACUGCAGACUGAUCCAUCGCGUCAAAUAUCGACUUGGCCUUUGGAGGACGAGACAAAUUAUAAACUUCACAGAGUUAGAGGAAUGGAUGGAUAGAAAAAAAUUCUAUGAAACAAUGUUUGCUAAGAGAGAAGAUUGGCAAGGGUUGCAAAAAAGUGAGCUCCUUAAGUACUUCAACGACUGUGGCCAUUUCCCGAUCCAGCAGCAGAUUGACCACGUUUGGAACCUGGUCCACAGAGAAGACCAUGAAAAAUAUUCUGAAAUCAUCAAGAAGCCCAAGGCAAUUGAAAUGUUAUUUACACUUUAUCCUCCUCAAGGAGCCCAUGUGCAGAAUAAUAUGCGACUUAGGUCGACUUGGCUGAGACCCAUAGUAGACGGGGAAGAAGGAUACAAGUAUAUAGUGAGCGGACAUCCAGUGCUCAAAAGAGCUAACAUCCGGAUUGUUGGGAGAUUAGUGGCCACAUACAUGAGAGAAAGGAAAAUGAGACAACAGCAGGCGUUUUGA